CUACACUUCCCGGCACCGCCGCCGCGUGUGCUCGGCGUGCUGCUGGUGGUGGUGGUGGUGGUGGUGGGGAAGGGGAAGGGGGGAAAGAGCCGCGGCCCCCCCCCCCCCGCCCCCCUCCACCCCCCCGCCCCGGUCAUGGCCCUGCGGCCCGGCCCCGGCGACGAGCGGGGCCCCGCGGGCGGGCCGCGGUGGUGGCCGAGGGAUUGCUGCAGCGGGCUGGGCGGCCUGGACUACGGCACACGCCAGGCACAGGCCAAUCUGCUUCCCGCUGGCAGCAGCGAAUUUGGUUGUUCAGGAGGAGAGAAAAGAAGGUGGAUGUUACAGCCAUGGCGCAGCUCUUCGGCUACGUGGACAUGACUGACUCCGGCUUCAUUGCAGCCAUCCUCUCUAUCGCCUUCAACCCUUUCUUCUGGAACGUGGUGGCGAGAUGGGAGCACAAAACGCGAGCGCUCAGCCGGGUCUGCGGCUCUCCACACACCGCCUGUUACUGCCUGGGCACUGUUAUCCUGAUGCUCAACUGCGUGCGGAGCCACUGCUUCACAGAAGCCAUGAAGAGCCAGCCGAAGCUGGAGGGCUUGGACAGCCACUGGGCCUAUUACUCAGGCUUGGUCGUCUUGGCUGUAGGGACCUUGUUUGUCAUCUCCAGCUUCUUAGCACUGGGAUUCACCGGGACUUUCCUAGGUGAUUACUUCGGCAUCCUGAUGGAGGCAAAAGUCACCAGCUUCCCCUUCAGCAUCCUGGAUAAUCCCAUGUACUGGGGCAGCACGGCCAUCUACCUGGGCUGGUCCCUCAUGCAUGCGAGCCCAGCUGGCCUUUUGCUGACAGCUGUAGUGGCAAUUUCCUACACAAUUGCAGUGCUCUAUGAGGGGCCUUUCACAGAAGAAAUCUACCGGCAAAAACAGAAGGGAGCAAAGAACAAGUAACGACGGCAGUGUCUUGGAUACCUCGGCGCAGCGUGCCUUUGCGCUCCCCACGCUGUCCGAUUUGCCCACUUUUCCUACCGAGAUGUAUCCUACUAAUUAGCCCAGCAACCCCUAAUGAGCCAACUGACCACCUUGCAGUAUUGGAAGCAAUCAGAGGAACAGUAUGAGCACCUCCUUGCUCAGCCCGUGGGAGCUGGAGAGUCCUGUUACAAGGUCCCCAGGGCCUCCCGACCUCUCCUCCCGCACCAAUUAUUGAAGAUCUGCAGGGUACAAAGCAACCCAGCUCCAGAGCCGAGGGCGAGCAGAAGAGCGAUGGAGGCACCGGGGGCCUUUUGUGAGCGAGCUCUGAGCACACAGGAGCACCGGCUGCAGCUGAUCCUCUGUGCAGAAGGCACUGGAAGCAGGCUGCUCAGGACGGCGAUGCCAGCGGGCAGCCACUCGGUGCUUUUCGGGCAGCUCGCUUCAUCUGGUCGCUCGCUCUGCAGGCUGACACCUCAGAGGGGCUGAUCCUCCGUAGCCCCGCAGCACCUUUGCAAGCAGACGCUGCCAAAGAGGCACGGCUUGGUGCCCCUGGGGCUCUCAAACACUGCCAGGUGAGGAAGAGGGGCAACUGCUGCAAAGCCAACACCAAACCCCUCUUUUCCAGAGCAGUGAAACCUCCCCGUCCACAA